CAGGCAGAGUAUAAAAGGGGGGAGCAGUGGGGGAGGAGACUUGUUUUUGUUCAAGGAGUUGCAGCAACGAAGAACUGAGCAGCGGGAAGGAAACUUUUUGACCAAAGGGAGACUAGGGCAGCGAGGAGGCACCACAGGGAUGUGGGCGUGCCUCAGUCUGCUCCUCACUCUCUGCCUGCUCCACGGGGGCGGUGCAGAGAGUGAUGGGGGUGGGCCUCGUUGUCAGCUGCCGCCGGCCUGGAAGAUAGGGGAGGUCGAGCCAAUGAAGGGAGCAAUGGGCCAGGUAACGGUGGUGGCUCUUUUACAGGCCAGCUGACUGUUCUGCAUUGUGCAGGCUUCCAGAAUGGACAGCCUGCGCCAGAAACUGGAGAGACAGGGUUUGAAGGAUGUGAUCUACAUGGUCAUUAACCACCAGGGGGAGCAAGCCCAGCGCCUGCACGCCGUACUGACACAGAGACUGUCAGUGAACAUCACAGUGUACAAACAGGACGAGCAACAGCCCGAUGUCUGGCAGACGCUGGGCGGAGAGAAAGAUGACUUUCUCAUCUAUGACAGGUGUGGCCGUCUCACCCACCACAUUUCACUCCCAUACUCCAUCAUUGGACAAGGUCACAUUGAGGGUGCGAUCAAGGAGGCCUACUGCAACCGCAUAUGUGGGGACUGCACACAUGAGAGCACUGAGACCCCAGAGGAGUGCAAUGGGACAGCAGAUGCGCAGCCCGACGCAGACGGUCCGCCGGCUGUAGAGGAAGAUACUGGACAUGGUCAGGGUCAUGAUCAGGGGCAUGGUCAUCACCAUGGUCACCACCAUGGCCACCACCAUGGCCACCAUGGGGAUAAUCAGGGUUUUCACCCCCGUGGCUUUGGCCAUGGUAGUGAUCAUGGACAAAGUCAAAGUCAGCAAGGUCUUAGACCACAGGGGCAUGAGCAAGAUGGUGGGUUGUCUCAAAGUCAACAACAUGCAGAUUUAGGCCAGAUGCAGCAAGCAGUGCAUAUGCAGCAGAUGUCACAGGAGGCCCAUGGAGCCCAUGUGAGGCCUUGAGGGCUAGAGAAGCGGAGGUGAAAGUCAAAGCACAGCUGACAGUGGACAACAGGGUCUGCCAAUGAGGCCUCUCCUCAGGUCAGCUGAUGCUGACACUGACGCAGGAUGUUUGGCGUUGCAGGGAGAGAGCAGCCAGUCGGUCUCUGACACUGUGAUGAGGCGCUGCCCGCCUCCUGACAGUGACACGGACUGAUCGGCGAUGCAGCCAACAUUGUUAGGGAGACCUGACAGUGACGCUCGCCUCCUGCUGACUGACAGCAGCCUCAACCAGCCCAGUGAGCCUGACCCCCAGGUGUUGUGAGCUGAGGAUGAGAGCAGCUGUAAGCUGGCUCUGAUAUCGGCCUCACAUUAACAUCAGCUGGCAACACCAGGGCCAGGUGUUCAUCUUACCAACAAGUAUUACCCUGGGAAAGGGCGGGGCAGUCCCUGACAGUAUGGAUAUGUUGGGAUAGAUGGAUAGACAGGUGGAUUCCAACAUCACACUGAUUGAGAUAAAAUAAGGUAGAUAAGCACAUCAACCAAAGCAUGUAUUGGUAACUCGUUAUGUUUGGCAAGAGAUAAGCAAAUAAUUUGAUUACCUUAAAAAAUAUAUGCUGUGUUUCACCUGUCUCCGUAUAUCUGUCAGUGGGUUGCUCUCAUCCUUUCUCAGGGUUGUAUAUGGUUGUCAUGUGCAUGAAUUGUCUUCUCCAUUUUGCUCUCUCAAUCCUUUAUGAAACCAGGCGCAGAAACUACACACUAGUGGCGUCUGUAUGAAGUCUGGCUGGAGAGAGAGGAGAGGGUGGUUUAGGCACAUGAUAAGCACCUAAAAUAUUUCAAAAUUCAGCAUGAGAGGAUAUUUGAGGAAACAAAAAAUGUGGUAGAAUCUGCAAUUACUUCCAAAUGAAUGAUUAAGGAAGAAUAAGAGAAGAUACUUUAACAGUACAUCAGAUUCUGUGAAUUAGGUUAAUGCUAGAUAUCUUUGAAGAAGGGUACAGUUUCCGCUACAGUUUCUUGGAGGGAAACCUGAAAAAAACAAAACAUGUAAACCUAAAAAUAUGUAAAAGCAGACCUAAAAAAGUUAUACCAGUGAUGUGUUUAUCUGUAGGGCAUGCCACUGAUCAUUGUUCUUGGGUUUUCUUUGUGUUUUGUCCACAAGCUUAAAUAUUUUUCAAGUGUAUCUUUUUUCCACUUCCAACAUGCACAUUUUAAAUGUUGAGUAUUUGGCAUUCCUUUUCUUCUUUUUUUUUUUGCAUUUACCAGGUUUACUAUGUAGCCUGCAAAUUGCACAUUUAUACUUUAGGCUUGUUUAUAAAAUAAUACAAGUCCCUAUUGUUUAGGAAAAGACAGAGAUAAAAUUAAUGAAUGACUGUUGGAAUACACUCUGUACUUAAUGAUGGUUUCUGUGGGAAGGUAACAGUCACCCUGAAUACCUGAUGCUUGCACAGAGGACUGUAUUGUGUAAAGAUGGUCACACAUGGAAAAUGAGCGUAGAAUAAAGAUGGUUGAGUUAAUUUUUCA